AUGAGGAUGGCUGAAGGGAAUGAGGAACAGGUUUUAAUGGUGACAGAUGAAGGUGCGUUUGAAAUUGUGGAAGUGGAGGAUGAUGAGAAAUGUUCAGAAGAUCUACUAAAAGAGGCUGAGGGUGAUGGAAGUGAUGAAGAAAUAGGCGAAUCUUCCAGCUUCCCUCAUGAUACAUCACUUCUCUCCUUCACAUCACAUGAAGGUCCUGUAUAUUGCAGUAGCAUUUCUCCUGGUGGUGAGAAGGCUGCAACUGGGGGUGGAGAUGACCAUGCAUAUGUGUGGGAUGUGAGAACUGGAGAAAUUCUUUCAUCCCUUUCAGGGCAUAAAGAUUCAAUUGUGCAAGUGCAUUUUAGUUCAGAUGGAUCACUUCUGGCCUCAGCUGACAUGAGUGGACUCAUUCAGGUGUGGAAGUCACCUGACUUUAAGAAGGAAUGGGAUGUGGAAUUUGAUGAUAUAACAUGGAUUGAGUGGCAUCCAAAGGCCCACAUUCUACUUGGAGGUUCUACAUCAGGAGCUGUGGGUUUAUGGCUAGUUCCAUCCUCGGAAGCCAAACAAGCUGUUGUUGGUUAUGAGAAUGGUGGAGUACAGAUUCUUGACUUGAAGAAGGGUCAUGCAUCUCACACACUGGUUGAUGGUCAGAAUCAUGAGGCAGAGGUGACUUGUGUAGCUGUGCACUCUGACAAUCGUGUCAUCCUCACAGGAUCAUCUGAUGCCACUGCAAAGAUCAUCAAUUCUUCCAACAUGCACGUGAAUCGGGCAUCCUGCACUCAGGAGUCAGGGAUAGUAAAGUUGGCAUGGGACCCAGCAGAAGCAUUGAUAUACACCGGAGGCCUGGAUGGAACGUUGCGAUCAUUUGACCCUCGAACUGGCUCUCAGGUUCGCCUCUGGGUCCCACACUCACAGGAAAUCCUUGACUUCUCCCUCUCUUGGUGUGUGUCAGAUUUUUCUCUAUGUUGCAUUGUUUCUACUGAUGGAAACUGCUUCAGUAUAUUGAACGUACGUAUUGAUUGCGACGAGAACUAUGGUAUCUUCGGGAGUCUUGAACGCAGUCGCCUGCAGGGUCUUCUUCAUCUCGUCUGCUGCCUGGAUCGUGAGCCCGAUACGAACGGAUCCACGAGGAAUGAACUUGGAGAAGUGACCCAUGGCAUAAAUUCCCCAGAACUUGCAUUGACGACGAUGGGGGCGGCCACGAAGUUUGCCUUCCAGUUCGGUCCGCCUCCCAAAUUCAGGACCAGAUUCCAAUCCACCCAUCCCACAACCCAGUGGUUCAAGUUCUGA